AUCUUGGAGAUUUUGGUUUGUGGGACACCUGGAAGUGAACAGUGAACCCCAGUCAGCAGCAUUGAUUAGAGCAUGCCAGUCACUGGCUCCUGGGCACAGGCUUACUCACUGGAACUCAGUCUGAGAUUAAACCAAGACACCCAACUUCCACCAACUUCGUGGGAUCGCCCACCUGAAUUAGGAUACGACUAGAAGUGCAAGAUUAUCCAUUCCUACUGCUUAUUCACACAAUUCAUUUCAGCUGAUCAAGAGGAAUAACUUCUAAACAAGUGCCAUUGUGGCGAGGAUGGGGAGCAAGACGCUUCCUGCCCCGGUGCCAAUCCACCCAUCUCUGCAACUUACAAACUACUCCUUCCUGCAAGCUUUCAAUGGUCUCCCUGUACCUGCAGACCACAUACCCAACCUUUACGGGUUCAGUGCCCUUCAUGCUGUGCACCUCCACCAAUGGACUCUUGGAUACCCGACUCUCCAUCUGCCCAGAUCUUCAUUCUCCAAAGUACCAGGAGCUUCUAGUUUAAUGGACAGCAGGUUCCAUCUUCCAACUUUCCCCCUAUUCCCUCAUAUUAUACAUCCCAAGCAAGACUCAUCGAACUUAUCCCUUAAAAGCAAACCCAGAUUUGACUUUGCCAAUCUGGCAGUGGCAGCUACCCAGGAGGAUCACUGUAAACUGGGUCAAGUGGAGUUGCAGGGCUCCCCAGCAGCUAUGAACGCUCUCCUGGAUGUGACAAAACUGACUCCUGAAAAGAAACCCACCAGGGGCAGAUUACCCUCAAAAACCAAAAAGGAAUUUGUGUGCAAAUUCUGCGGGAGGCAUUUCACCAAGUCUUACAACCUUUUGAUCCACGAGAGAACCCACACAGACGAGAGACCAUAUACUUGUGAUAUCUGCCACAAAGCAUUCAGAAGACAAGACCAUCUGAGAGACCACAGGUAUAUUCAUUCUAAAGAAAAACCAUUCAAAUGUCAAGAAUGUGGGAAAGGAUUUUGUCAGUCAAGAACUCUUGCUGUCCAUAAAACACUUCACACACAAGUCAAAGAGCUCAAACCUUCAAAAAUAAAAUAAACUUAAAUAUAUAUAUAUGUAUAUAACUAUUUCAAGCUAUUUAAAUGAACGUUUUAAAACACAAGAAGAUAUUAUUCAGUUUGAAGAGAAUUUGAAAUUCUAACUUUUGGAUACGAAAUGAUGUGUUUUUGGAACAAGACUCAGUGGGACAAAGCUUGGUUGUUGGCAGCAAUAUAUCUCAGCCAACAGGUGGCGCUCAUGCAAAGAGUCUGUUGCAUAUUAAAGAUGUAAAACUUUCCUUUAGUAAGUUGCAGCAGUGACUUUUCAUAUAAAGCAGAUCUAACUGACAAUGCACCCCAAUGAUUGGGGGAAAUACAGAAUUAAUUAUGGCGUCUUCUAUCAAAAUAUUUUUUUUUCUUCUGGGACCCUUUAAAGCAGUAGCACUGUCAUUCAUUUAUUUUUCAAAAACUCAGUGCAUUAAACAACAAUGCACUGACUAGAAAGAGUUAAAGGUAUUAACCUUAUUGUAUACACUGCCAUGGUUAAAUGUCACCUUACUAAACCUAUGUUAGCUAUAAAUUGAACUUACCUUGUGUUUUAUCAUCAAAUAUAUGCUAAACAAAUACAAUUUAGUUGUGGGACAAUAUCGAAAUUUAGAGGGAAAGCAAAAACAAUUCAGAUCUGAGUUUAGUGUAUUUAAGAUCCCAUGGCUGUCGGUAAAAAAUUGUGCAUGCUGGUUGAACUGUUAAGAUUUUGUCUGUAUUUUCUGUAUUUCUAUGCAAAAAUGCUGAAUCAUGCUUAAUAUUUUUAAGCAGCUGACAUUCCAAAUAUAUAUAUAUUGCAAAAUUGUAUGAUUUUUGGCACUUUAUGCUGAUUAAUAAAUUACAUUUAUCACUGGAUUUUAAAAUAAAAUCUGUGUUGAAAUAA